UUAAAAAUUAAUGAUCCAACCUAAGCACACCUUCAUUACAAACAAUUAUCUUUUAGGAGCUAUAUAUUUUAGCAGCACUUCUGAGAAAAGUAACUAUGCCUAAACACAAAAUGUAUAUCCAAAAUAGACUCAGAUGAGAACCCAAAACUAGUUUAAAAAUUAAUAACUCAUAAACUACUGAAAUUAAUUGUCAACUUUUUUUACUUUCCCACAGUCAUGUGAUUUUUGUCAAAAUGUGGAGAAAGGAAAACCAACAACCAAGUGCAGGCUCUUUCUCCAUGUUUCCGGUCAAUCAAAGGAAGAGGAGUCGACUGCCCUUGACAUCUAAUCCCUCGGAGAGUGAAAGUUUUUCUGCCAACUACUACAGUGAGAUGGAAGCCUCCUCAUUUUAUGGUCCACCCAUUGAGAGUGGACAGUGGGACCAGAAAAUUCCUUUUACAUCACACCAAGCCAACAUGAGACCUGUUGCUUCACCUGCUAUGGCGGGACAUGGAUAUGCACCAUUACCUCAUCCAAAAAAAACUACUUAUGCAUGGUCACAAACAUGGCAACAAAGACCCCCAAUGAACCAUAACUCUGUGCCAGCAGCUGGAUAUCAGGUUCAGGGUGGUUUUCCAAGCAACAGCUCCACCUCAAUGGGCCAGCCCAGGUGGUCCGGUGGCUUCCAGAACCAGAUCACCAGGCCAGCGAUGCCAUACCGUCCCCAGCAGUGUAAGCCUGCAGUAAUAAACACUGAAAGCCCACAGAGCAGAAGGUGGAACUUCAGAUCUUCUGGACAAUCAAGCAGUGGAAUGAUGGCAUCAGCGAAGAAGGACAUCUCACCGGGUCAAAACACCUCUCAGCAGCAGAAGCCCCAACGCGAGACAUCACUGCGUGUCAUCACUGCUGUCAUCAGAGGCAUGAAGCACUGGAGCCAAUACAAAGACAAAGUACCAAUGCUGUUUGAGAUUUUUGCUACACUCGACUCCGCCGUCACAAUAGGAGAUCACGGAGCAAAGAAAUUCCUCAUGAGGGAUGAGAAAGAUACAGUACAGUGUCUCUACUUUGAAAAUGAUCAGCCACUUGCCACACUGACCCGGGGUCAGGUGUAUCGCUGCGUUGGGAACUACAACAGGCAAAAGGACACAAUGACCUGCGUGUCAGUGCGAGCUGCAUCACCAACAGAGCAAAGGAGUUCACAGGAGACUGUACAAGCAUCAGAUGCAGAGAUGAGGAAAGUGGUACUGGCUCUCAAUGAAAUUUGAAAUAUUAAAUAAGCAUUAGGGCACCUAAAAUUAACAUUGAGUUGUCUUAGUUGAAUGUUAAGCAGUGUUAACUUUAUUAUCAUUAACUGGAGUGUUUGAUUAUAUAUGCAGUUUAGAGAUAUAAUUUAUGUGCAUAUAAAAUAUUGUUAUGAUUUAUAAGUUCAGUUUAUUAUAGUUCAUUCACUUGCAUUUAGAUCGUUAAUUGAAAGAUUUAUUCAUUUUAUUAAAACCUUGUAAAAUAUUUUGUGCAUUUAAUUCAAAAGACGAAAAUGUGCUUUGUUUAUGAAAUGAUUUAUUACAAAGAAGAAACACACAAAAUCUUAAGGAUCUAAAAGUUUAACACAAUGAUGAGGUAACAUCUCAAAAUAUAUCUUUCAAAAGGGAACCAACCAUCUGCGGAGGUUGAUAUUUAUACAACCUAUACAGAAUUAUUUACAACCAAAACAUCACAGUGGGAAAACCCACAGCACUAAUCUACAAGUUCUAGUUUCUAGCAGUGGUCAGACUUCACAUACAGUACAUGAAUAAAGAUGGAGCGCCACCAAGCCAAUCUAAAGACACAGCCAGUGUACUCCUGCAUAACAUUUAAAGGGCCUGCUGAUGCCAUUUGUCCAAAAAAAUCAUCAUUUACUCAUCUUCAUGCCAUCCUACAUGUAUUUGACUUUUUCAGUUAAACACAAAUCAUUUAAAGGGACAUGGCUUUAGCUUUCAUACUGCUCCCAAUAAGUGACGAAAUAAAUCCAACAUUUACCUAUUUAUGUUGUGAUUUUUAUAGUCACAGCAUGUACAGAUAACUAGGUCAUAUGAGACACAGCCAUCUUUUAACCGUAUACAUACUGGGAACUAUAUUCUCAGAAGGCGAAGCACUGCUACUUGGGUGGACUGAUUUGCUCCCAGCACCCAUAGACUGUAAAAAAAGAUGGACGUAGUGUCUGUGACGUCACCCAUUGGUUUCUGAAGAUCGUUUUUUAAGCUUAAAGUAGGCGGUGCCUGCCGUCACCAUAUUUACACGCUGUGACUAUACAAAUCACAACAUAUGAAUAGGAAAAUAUUGGAGUUAUUUUAUCACUUAUUGGGUGUAGUAUGCUAGCUAGAGCCAUUUACUUCCAGUGUUUGUGCUAAGCUAAGCUAGCGGUGGCUGCGUCAAACAGUUAGGACACGCACAGAGAUGAAAAAGCUAUGUAUGGAUUUAUCUAACUCUGGGGGAUAUG